AUGAAGGAUCGAUCAGCGAACCAGCUGUGCAUGCGAGCCAUGCCAAGGUUGAAGGACAUUUGCCUGUUUGCAUCGAUCAUCAAGCCAUCGCAGAGCAAUGCCGGCAUGCCUGCCUCGAUUGUAGCCCUUAUUACGUUUGCCUUGGCCUCAAAUUCUGCAUGGGUCUUGUGGGCGCAGACGACUUCGUAUCGAUUUAUUCUGUUCGUUAUUCUCAUUGGAUGGCGAGCCCCAACUGGCCGGCCAGUCCGUUUCAAAUCACCUCCAGUCAGCCGGGCCUUGCGCUCCACUGGACCGGCGGACGUCGGUUCAAUCGCUUUGCUGCCUCGUCUCACUAGCUGCCUUUGCAGCCUCGGUCAGGAGGCGGCACAUUCAGCAUUCGGACGCGACGGCAGCUGCUCUCCGGACCGGGGCACGUCGGAGCAUAAUGCAACGCGGAACCUUGUGAGACUGGAGGUCCCAACGACUGCAGAGACGUACUGCAAGUAUUAA